UCGUGGGCGGAGCUUGUGCGGGAACGGCCGGAGCGUGUCCUGAGCCUCCGCCGCCUAGGCCAGAUUCGUGCGGAGCGGAGGGAAGGCAGCUGCGAGGCCGCGCUUCCCCGCGGGUGUCCGGAGCCGCCGCCAUGGGCAUCAAGUUUUUAGAAGUUAUAAAACCUUUCUGUGCAGUUCUACCAGAAAUUCAGAAGCCUGAAAGGAAAAUUCAGUUUAGAGAGAAGGUACUAUGGACUGCUAUAACACUCUUCAUUUUCUUAGUAUGCUGUCAGAUUCCACUGUUUGGGAUCAUGUCAUCGGAUUCUGCAGACCCCUUCUACUGGAUGAGAGUUAUUCUUGCAUCCAACAGAGGAACGCUGAUGGAAUUGGGUAUUUCCCCAAUUGUAACAUCUGGUUUGAUUAUGCAGUUGUUAGCUGGAGCCAAAAUCAUUGAAGUUGGAGAUACACCCAAAGAUCGAGCUCUGUUCAAUGGAGCCCAGAAACUAUUUGGUAUGAUCAUUACCAUUGGGCAAGCCAUUGUGUAUGUCAUGACGGGGAUGUACGGGGAUCCUGCGGAAAUGGGUGCUGGGAUCUGUCUCCUUAUCAUUAUACAGUUGUUUGUUGCUGGUUUGAUUGUGCUGCUGUUAGAUGAACUGCUACAGAAGGGUUACGGCUUGGGGUCUGGUAUUUCCCUCUUUAUUGCCACCAACAUCUGUGAAACCAUUGUCUGGAAGGCCUUUAGUCCCACUACCAUUAACACUGGCAGAGGUACGGAGUUUGAGGGUGCAGUCAUAGCUCUGUUUCAUUUGUUGGCCACCAGGACAGACAAAGUCCGAGCCUUAAGGGAGGCCUUCUAUCGACAGAACCUCCCCAAUCUCAUGAACCUCAUCGCUACAGUGUUCGUGUUUGCUGUUGUUAUAUAUUUUCAGGGGUUUCGUGUUGACUUGCCCAUUAAGUCAGCUCGGUAUCGAGGACAGUACAGCAGCUAUCCCAUCAAGCUCUUCUACACGUCGAAUAUUCCCAUAAUCCUCCAGUCUGCCCUAGUUUCAAACUUGUAUGUCAUUUCCCAGAUGCUGUCUGUUCGAUUUAGUGGCAACUUCUUAGUAAACUUACUAGGACAGUGGGCCGAUGUCAGUGGGGGAGGACCUGCUCGCUCCUACCCUGUUGGUGGCCUUUGUUACUAUCUGUCUCCUCCUGAAUCCAUGGGAGCCGUAUUUGAGGACCCUGUCCAUGUAGCUGUGUACAUCAUCUUCAUGUUGGGGUCGUGCGCGUUCUUCUCUAAGACGUGGAUAGAAGUGUCGGGCUCCUCAGCCAAAGAUGUGGCUAAGCAGCUUAAAGAACAGCAGAUGGUAAUGCGGGGCCACAGAGACACCUCCAUGGUCCAUGAGCUGAACAGGUACAUCCCCACAGCAGCUGCCUUCGGGGGUCUGUGCAUCGGCGCCCUGUCAGUGUUAGCAGACUUCCUUGGGGCCAUUGGCUCUGGUACUGGGAUUCUGCUUGCAGUCACGAUUAUUUAUCAGUAUUUUGAAAUAUUUGUUAAGGAACAGGCUGAAGUUGGAGGGAUGGGUGCUUUGUUUUUCUAAUGUUUAUACAUUUCUUCGCGUGUGUGAAAGGGAAAACAUUUUGACAUUGUUUCUGUCAAAUAAUGCUGGUUCCCCUCAGUCUGUUGUUUUCAGUGCUAACUGUCCCAUUUCUGCAAUGGGCACCGAGGUAAGCCUGUGUGCAGCAUCAGUACCAGCUGCCUUAAAACUGAAGUUUACAUUAUUUGUUGACACUGUCCAUCAGUGUUGCCCAUGACGCUGGGAAGCAGUCUAUCUGCCUAGCUGUUGGUCACCUAGCAAGACAGUGACAUGGAUUAGCUUUGCAUACAACAUUCAGAACACUGAAUAGUCCCUUGUCUAAAAAAUAAUUGCAGUGCAAAUUGCCACUCUCCAGUAUUUUUGAGCUUCCCUAAUGAGUUAUGGAGCAUUUGUAUCUAAUGUAUAUUUUAGAUAAUUUUUAUACUUUUUUAACUCAUCGUAUCCAUGUUCUCUACCCUCCCUCACCAGACCCAAUCCCCUCUUAAUUUGUCCUAUCCUCAAACUGCCACUCAGCCUGGAUGGGCAAAAAUCAAGCAUUGAAGUUAUUUCUGUCACUGGAAACAAUUGCUUCUAAAUCCUGUUUUUCAUUUGUCUCUUCCCAGUGACAGCUGAGUGCUGUCCAGCUGUAUGAGCUCCGCCUUCUACUUCCAACAGUCACUCAAUAUGAAGCCCCAUUAGUCACUUUUCUCCCUUCCCUACGUCCUUAAAGCAAGAUCCUGUUCUCAGGCAGUGUCUGUAGUGGAGUGGAAGUGAGCAAUGAGUAAUUCAUACUAGGGCUUCAUGUCUGUCUUGUGCACAGCAGGACCCAACUGUAAACAGUAGACAAUAAACUUUUAUUUAAUAAAACUUGCAGUUGUGUUGGAAAAAAAUAAAGAGACUCCUAUUACGCA